AUGAGUGCUCCAGAAACCUUAUCCCUCAUAAGCAACAUCAGCACUCAGAUUGAGCCAGUUUACAAGAAGCAUUUUCCAAAGUUUCUCCGGAUGGUUAUUAAGAAAUUCAGGAGUGGCUCUAUUGUGGUAGAUUCAGCCCUUCAAUUUGAUAGCAAUGGCACGACGCCUAAUGCAACAGACAUAAAGCAAGUCCUUACUGAUGCAGCUGCAAAUGGAAACCUGACCAUCAAAAUCAGCAAUGACACCAUCAACGUUACGGCACCUGCCACACCUGUAACACCUGUGACACCUACUAACACCACAAAUACUACCUCAAAUACUCCACUGUUUAAUUUAGUAUUCAGCAUUGUGGACACCUUCAACGACACCUUGUCAAAUUUGUCCUCAUCUGACGCUACAACUCUACAAACAAAAAUCAUUGAUCAGUUUGGUAAUGUUUUCAAGAAACGUUUUACAAACUAUAUGCGAAUGCUAAUUCAGAAAUUCAGUAAAGGUUCCAUUGUGACGAACAGUUUACUUGAGUUUAACAGCACUGCCGGUACAGUUGCAGCAAGUGAUGUGGUUAACACAAUUAUUCAAGGAAUUAAAAAUGGAAAUUUCACCUUCACAAUCGAUCAGAAAUCCAUCAAAGUUACAGACCCAUCAGGAAACACGGCGUUCUCCAGUUCUCAAGUGAUCACUAGUACGCUUACAGUUCUGUGGAUGAGUCUAGCAUCACUUCUGCUGUCAGGAGUGAUCCACCUAUAACCACAUUCAUAUGAAGAAUCAAAGAAAAACUUUAAACAUGUUUACCUCAAAACAUAUUAUAAUGGAUCAUGUCAUCUUUGAUCUUUUAAACUCAUUAUGUACUAUUUAGUUAACAUUCAGAACCAACAACUUAUUGUACUUUGCGCAACACGUCAUAAGCUGUAACGAUUAUCUGAAACAGUAGUCUUAUAUUUAGAGCCAGGUGAUGUAUUGUAUGUCUAA